UACUACCGGAAAUUUUUUUGCGUUCCUUUAUUUGUUGCAACAGUUUUUAUACUUUUGUCAUUUACCAUGAAAAGGCUUUUAAGAGGAAUUUUGAAUUUGAUCGCUUUGGUUUUGGUGGCCAGCUCAUAUUUAGCACUGGACAAUACCACGCUGGUGACAUAUGAUCCAAACUUUGUGGUUGGACAAAAUAGAAACACUGCCUCAGGAAUUCGUCGGCAAAUGCUUGGUGGCAACCUUGUAAGGAACGAACGACAUGGUUUACUAAAUGGAAUUGAUCCUACACCAAUUAUUGUUGUACAAAAGACAGAUGGCACUCUCGAAGUUACUAUUCCGACAAUUGGUGGAAUCCUAUUAUCAUAUAAGGAUCCAAAGCCGUUAAAUAUUAAAUAUGUGAGCUUUACUAGUUUCGGCAAUACGACUGGAAGAUGGUUUUAUGACUGCGAAGAAACUCAUAUGGAAAUGAAGAAGGAAAACGUUACAAGCUUGGAGCGCCUGCAAGUCGACUUAUUUGCGAACUAUAGUAUGUUCACAAUUCCGAAGGGGGUAUCAAAAAUCUACAUGGGAAGCGCAAUUAAAGGGGUCACCUACAACGAAAUGAAGUCAAUAUUUCAAGUCAGGUUGGAAUUUAAACUGAAAUGGACUGAUCCAAAACUUCAAUGGAGGCCAUUUAAAUAUAGCAACAUCACGACCCUGAGAUCAUUUGAAGCGAAGUUUCGAACUCCAGCCAUAUGGAUCACUAAUGGGACCGGCAAUACAUUUACCCGCUUCAAUCCAGAAUAUGUUGGAAUCAUAUACAACAAUGGAUCAGUAGUAGCAGAUACAAAACAACAGAUUAUAGAAAGCUCUUGCCGAGAAUCACAAGAUGGAAAUUGGCCAUGGGAUGAAUUCAAAUGCUCAGUUGAGUUUGCGGUGGACGGCAACCUACCAAUCGAUUUUGAUCUAGGGCACAUCGAAGCGGCUUUGACAAUACCUGAGCUAAGCAAGUGGCGCUUUUCUGGUCAUCAUUUACUUACAAAGAAGGUUGAACCCUUUACUGAAACGGGAGGUAAUUCAAAUUCUACGAUUUCAGCGGUGAAUUUGGUAAUACAUAUGAGACGAAAUGUUUUGUACUACCGGAAAUUUUUUUGCGUUCCUUUAUUUGUUGCAACAGUUUUUAUACUUUUGUCAUUUACCAUGAAAAGGCUUUUAAGAGGAAUUUUGAAUUUGAUCGCUUUGGUUUUGGUGGCCAGCUCAUAUUUAGCACUGGACAAUACCACGCUGGUGACAUAUGAUCCAAACUUUGUGGUUGGACAAAAUAGAAACACUGCCUCAGGAAUUCGUCGGCAAAUGCUUGGUGGCAACCUUGUAAGGAACGAACGACAUGGUUUACUAAAUGGAAUUGAUCCUACACCAAUUAUUGUUGUACAAAAGACAGAUGGCACUCUCGAAGUUACUAUUCCGACAAUUGGUGGAAUCCUAUUAUCAUAUAAGGAUCCAAAGCCGUUAAAUAUUAAAUAUGUGAGCUUUACUAGUUUCGGCAAUACGACUGGAAGAUGGUUUUAUGACUGCGAAGAAACUCAUAUGGAAAUGAAGAAGGAAAACGUUACAAGCUUGGAGCGCCUGCAAGUCGACUUAUUUGCGAACUAUAGUAUGUUCACAAUUCCGAAGGGGGUAUCAAAAAUCUACAUGGGAAGCGCAAUUAAAGGGGUCACCUACAACGAAAUGAAGUCAAUAUUUCAAGUCAGGUUGGAAUUUAAACUGAAAUGGACUGAUCCAAAACUUCAAUGGAGGCCAUUUAAAUAUAGCAACAUCACGACCCUGAGAUCAUUUGAAGCGAAGUUUCGAACUCCAGCCAUAUGGAUCACUAAUGGGACCGGCAAUACAUUUACCCGCUUCAAUCCAGAAUAUGUUGGAAUCAUAUACAACAAUGGAUCAGUAGUAGCAGAUACAAAACAACAGAUUAUAGAAAGCUCUUGCCGAGAAUCACAAGAUGGAAAUUGGCCAUGGGAUGAAUUCAAAUGCUCAGUUGAGUUUGCGGUGGACGGCAACCUACCAAUCGAUUUUGAUCUAGGGCACAUCGAAGCGGCUUUGACAAUACCUGAGCUAAGCAAGUGGCGCUUUUCUGGUCAUCAUUUACUUACAAAGAAGGUUGAACCCUUUACUGAAACGGGAGGUAAUUCAAAUUCUACGAUUUCAGCGGUGAAUUUGGUAAUACAUAUGAGACGAAAUGUUUUGUACUACCGGAAAUUUUUUUGCGUUCCUUUAUUUGUUGCAACAGUUUUUAUACUUUUGUCAUUUACCAUGAAAAGGCUUUUAAGAGGAAUUUUGAAUUUGAUCGCUUUGGUUUUGGUGGCCAGCUCAUAUUUAGCACUGGACAAUACCACGCUGGUGACAUAUGAUCCAAACUUUGUUCUUUGCUACAAAAUCGUUAUCGGCAUUUCAGGCUUCUCAUUUUUUAUGAGCAUCUUGAUUUACUGGUUUUCUGAUCACCCACCGAAUACAGGAAAACACUUUGCCAAUGAUGAGGUGUGGUUAGAAAACCAACAUGAGCAAUUGCCGCCAAUCGGAGUGCUUCUGGAUCGCAUAAUAUUCUUCAUAUUAUUUCUAGCCCUUCCGAUAAUUUUGUUUGUGGGGCUAUAAUGUAUAAUAAAAUG